AUGAUUCCUACAACUGUUUUGAUCCUCAGUUCCUUCCUCUGCCUCACCUCUGCCUUCUACCUGCCUGGAGUUGCCCCGAGGAAGUACAGGCAUGGCGAGAAACUGACCGUGAAAGUCAAUACGUUAACGUCGGAUUUGACCCCUCUUCAGUUCGAUUACUACAACCUUCCUUUCUGUGAGCCCAAGGGCGGAGAAAAAGAGCUCGCAGAGAAUCUCGGUGAAGUGCUGGCGGGGGAGAGGACGGAGACCAGUGCUUACAAGCUGCACACCAACGUCUCCCGACUAUGCAAGGUUGCUUGCAAGAAGAAAUGGAAGCCCAGGGCGGUCCAAGAUUUCCGCAACUUCGCCAGCACCAACUUCCGUGCGAACAUGCGACUGGACAAUCUUCCUGGAGCAGAGCUCGUUGUCUUCCGCGAUCAGCGAGGACAGGAGUUCGUCUCUUAUCGUCUUGGAUACCCUUUGGCAGAAUCUUACGGAAAGAAUGGAUCGCAGUUCUAUGUCAACAACCAUCUCCGCAUCACCAUCAAGUAUCACGAUGUGCAGACUGCAGGCACUCGCCUGGAGAAGAUCGAGGAGCCCGGAGUUCUCAUCGUCGGGUUCGAGCUCAAGGCUAUGAGUGUGGAACAUCAGUAUGUUGGUGACUGGGACGAUUCCUGUGUUGCAAAGAAUACCUGCCCUCUCCUGACCUGCUCUCCUACUCGCGGUCCACUUCCAACAGCUCCCAGGAUGAAGCUGCCUCCUCCCCGCAAGCCCAUGGACAUCAUUUUCACCUACGAUGUGUUGUGGGUGUACAGUGACGUCAAGUGGGCGUCCAGAUGGGAUGUGUACCUCAAGAUGCAGACGCAGGACGACGAGAUUCACUGGUUCUCUAUCGUCAACUCCUCAGUCAUCCUCUUCUUCCUCUCCGGAAUGGUCGCCAUGAUCAUGCUCCGCAUCCUCCGCAAGGACCUCUACAGGUACAACCAGCUGGAGCAGAGCGAGGAGGCGAGAGAGGAGGCAAGGGAGGAAACAGGAUGGAAGCUGAUCAGUGGAGACGUGUUCCGACCUCCCAAGUUCGCAGCUCUCCUCGCCGUCUUCAUCGGUAGCGGAGUUCAAGUCCUCGGCAUGUCGACUUUCACCAUCAUCUUUGCUGUGCUGGGCUUCCUGUCUCCUUCCAAUCGAGGAUCCAUCUUGCUAUCGAUGCUCCUCCUCUUCGUUCUUAUGGGUCUCCCUGCUGGAUAUGUCUCGGCUGUCUUCUGCAAGAUGUUCCGAGGCGCUGGAACCGACAGGCUGCGCAACACUCUGCUCACUGCCGUCCUCUUCCCCGGCGCCGUCUUCUUGGUUUUCUUCCUCCUCAACAUGGUGCUGUGGGCCGUCAAGUCGACAGGAGCCAUCCCCUUUGGAACUCUGGUUGCGCUCCUCUGCUUCUGGUUCGGCUUUUCUCUUCCCCUCGUCUUCCUCGGGAGCUACUUGGGCUUUCGCAGACCAGCAUGGGAGCCGCCCGUGCGCACCAACCCGAUCCCUCGCCAGAUCCCAGAUCAGCUCUGGUACAUGAAGUCACUUCCAAGCAUUCUCAUGGGAGGAGUUCUGCCCUUCGGAGUCGUCUUUGUCGAGCUUUUCUUUAUCCUAUCGUCGAUCUGGCAGCAUCGCUUCUACUACCUUUUCGGCUUCAUGGCGCUGGUCCUCCUCAUUCUUGUUGUCACCUGCGCCGAGAUUACCAUCGUCAUGUGCUACUUCCAGCUCUGCUCGGAGGACUACCACUGGUGGUGGCGAUCAUAUCUUACAUCAGGAGCAAGCGCUAUCUACCUCUUCCUCUACGCUGGUUACUACCUGAUUACUCGCAUUCAUCUUGCCAAGGCGACGGUUGCUUCAGCCUCAAUCUUCUUCGGCUACAUUGUCAUCCUCUCCUAUGGCUUCUUCGUCCUCACUGGCUUUGCAGGAUUCAUCAGCUGCUUCUUGUUCAUUCGGAUCAUUUAUUCCUCAAUCAAAUGCGAUUAAUCGCCUCCUCCGAAUCUUAAAAUAUUUACAUGACCU